UCUCAACUCACAUCCCUUUCUUCCCCUGACUAAUUCCAAGAUGUGUGAAAAGAGCAAUAUCAACAAGCAAAGAUGGUGGAAAGAAGCCAUUGUGUAUCAGAUAUAUCCAGCGAGUUUCCUGGACUCGGGGGCGGGUGAUAGACCUGGGUGGGGUGAUAUUCGUGGUAUCACAUCGAAAGUGGAUUAUUUGAAGGAGUUGGGUGUUGAUGUUUUGUGGCUUUCUCCCAUUUAUAAGAGUCCUCAGGCUGAUAUGGGAUAUGACAUCGUGGCUAACUCGUCACAGGCUGAUUACAAGGACAUCGACCCAGUUUAUGGCAGUCUGGAGGAUGUCGACAAUUUGAUCAGCGAGCUCAAGAAGAGAGAUAUGAAAUUGAUGAUGGAUCUGGUUGUCAACCACACCUCUGACCAACAUGCCUGGUUCUUGGACUCUCGCUCAUCAAAGCAAUCGAGCAAGCGCGAUUGGUACAUCUGGAAGCCUGCCAAGUACGAUAAAGAUGGCAACCGUCAGCCGCCCAACAACUGGUCAAUGAUCCUCGGAGAGGAGAACAGUGCCUGGACAUAUGACGAGAAGACGGAUGAGUACUACCUGUCUCUUUUCACCGCCGAACAACCCGAUCUGAACUGGGAGAACCCAGAUGUUCGUGAGGCAGUCCACGAUGUGCUGCGCUUCUGGCUGGAUCGUGGCUGCUCUGGCUUCCGCAUGGAUGUCAUCAACCACAUCUCCAAGGUCCAGACCUUCCCUGAUGCAGACGUCAUCGCCCCUGAUCACAAGUAUCAGCCGGGUUACAAGUUCUACUGCAACGGUCCUCGCCUGCACGAGUGGCUCAAGAACAUGAGAGCAGAGGUGCUCGACAAGUAUGACACUAUCACAGUUGGCGAGAUGCCUUUUGUCAGAGACGAGAGCGAAAUUCUCAAGAUUGUCCGUGAGGAUGAGAAGGAAUUGAACAUGAUCUUCAUCUUCGAGCAGGUCGACAUCGACAACGAACCUGGAAAGUACAGAAUGACAUGGCGCGAUUGGGAUGCUGAUGAGAUCAGAAAGAUCUUCAGCUAUUGGCAGCGUCUCAUGAUCGACAAGGACGGAUGGAACAGCUUGUUCGUUGAGAACCACGACAAUCCUCGCUCUGUAUCGAGAUACUGCAACGACAGCGACGAGUUCCGCGAGUUGAGCGCCAAGCUGCUGUGUCUCAUGAUGACUACACUUGGUGGUACCUUGUAUGUCUACCAAGGUCAAGAGCUCGGCAUGCGCAACGUCCCAGUCGAAUGGUCACCCGAAGAAUACAAAGACGUCGAGUCUAUCAACUACUGGAAGAAGAUGAACCACAUGCACCCCGACAACAAGGAGAAACUUGACUUUGCGCGCAAGGUCUUGCAGAGAAAGGCCCGCGACCAUUCGCGUACGCCAGUCCAAUGGUCUGCCGAGCCCAACGCCGGAUUCUGCAAGGAAGAUGUCACCCCCUGGAUGCGCGUCAAUGACGACUACAAGGAGAUCAACGCAGAGGCUCAGCGUAAGCAGGAUGAUCCCGACAAGCUUUCAGUCUUGCAAUUCUGGAAGCGUGGGCUUGCCAACAGAAAGGAGCACAAGGACGUUUUCGUCUAUGGUGACUUCCAGGUACUCGACGAGGAGGACAAGAGGGUGUUUGCCUACAAGAGAGCAAGUGAGAGUGAGGCAUUUGUUCUUGCCCUGAACUUCACCAAAGAUGAAGUCAAGUGGGAGGUUCCUGAGGCCGCCAAGGUCAAGAGCUGGGUCGCUGGUAAUUACACUGCAGGCAAGCCGGAUAAGCCCACAAGCGGCACCAUCACCCUUCGACCCUUCGAGGGUGUAUUAGGCAGUGCUGAGAUGUAG